AUGGCGGACCGUUACAUCCCAGAGCAUCGCCGGACGCAGUUCAAGGCCAAGAACCAGUUCAAACCCGAUGAGCUCCGUCGUCGCCGUGAAGAGCAGCAGGUUGAGAUCCGAAAGCAAAAACGAGAGGAAAAUCUUGCCAAGCGACGAGGCAUUCAAACCAGUGAUGGCGGCAUCAUUGGUGGCCAAGUCGGCGUUGACAGCGACGAAGAAGAAGGUGGUACUAUUGAAGGCGAGCUGAACGUUGAACUCCCAGAGAUGGUCAAAGGUGUCUUUUCAGAGCAGAUUGAUGAACAGAUCCAAGCCACCACCAAAUUUAGGAAGUUGCUUUCGAAGGAACGCAACCCUCCUAUUGAGCGCGUUAUUGAGACUGGCGUCGUGUCUCGCUUUGUCGAAUUUCUACGCUCCCCUCACACCUUGGUCCAGUUUGAGGCUGCCUGGGCCCUAACAAAUAUUGCAUCGGGCUCUGCUCAGCAGACUCAGGUUGUUAUUGAAGCCGGUGCUGUCCCUAUCUUUGUUGAGCUCCUUAGCAGUCCCGAACCCGAUGUGCGCGAACAAGCUGUCUGGGCUCUGGGUAACAUCGCUGGUGACAGUCCUCAAUGCCGUGACUAUGUUCUCUCUGCCGGUGCCCUUCGUCCUCUUUUGACCCUUAUCAACGACGGUCGCAAGAUGAGCAUGCUACGCAACGCUACCUGGACCCUGAGCAACUUUUGCCGCGGCAAAACCCCACAACCAGAUUGGAAUACUAUUUCCCCGGCGCUUCCUGUUCUUUCGAAAUUAAUUUACAUGCUUGAUGAUGAAGUUCUUAUUGAUGCGUGCUGGGCUAUUUCCUAUUUGUCUGACGGGUCUAACGACAAGAUCCAAGCUGUCAUUGAAGCCGGAAUUCCGCGUCGCCUAGUGGAGCUCCUUACCCAUGCUUCGACUUCUGUCCAGACCCCUGCUCUGCGAUCGGUAGGCAACAUUGUCACCGGUGAUGACGUUCAAACCCAAGUCAUUAUCAACUGCGGUGCUCUACCUGCAUUGCUCUCUCUCCUUGGAUCUACCAAGGAUGGAAUUCGCAAAGAAGCCUGCUGGACAAUCUCUAACAUCACUGCCGGCAACUCCGUGCAAAUCCAAGCUGUUGUUGACGCAAACAUCAUUCCACCACUCAUCAACCUCCUUUCCAACGGCGACUUCAAGACUCGCAAAGAAGCGUGCUGGGCUAUCUCUAAUGCUACUUCGGGCGGUCUACAGAAACCAGAUCAAAUCCGCUACCUGGUUUCCCAAGGCUGCAUCAAGCCUUUGUGCGAUCUCCUUGCGUGCCCCGACAACAAGAUCAUUCAAGUCGCUCUUGACGGCCUAGAGAAUAUUCUCAAGGUCGGUGAAAUGGACAAGGAGGCCACACAGACUGGUGAGGGCAACCUCAACCGCUAUGCUCUUUUCAUUGAAGAAGCCGGUGGUAUGGAGAAGAUUCACGAGUGCCAGAACAACGCCAAUGAGGAGAUUUACAUGAAGGCCUAUAACAUCAUUGAGAAGUAUUUCUCUGAUGAAGACGAGGCUGGUGGUGAUAUCGAUGAAAUUGCUCCUCAGCAAACACAAGCCGGAUUCGCUCUCGGUACCAACCAGCAGCAACCUGGCGGCUUCACCUUCGCCAAUGGCGGUGGCGACUCAAUGGACAUGUAA